AUGCUAUCGCGAUCACUACAGCUACCCAAGGCGCCCAAUUACUACCUGUUUAUCGCGAUAUGUACAAUAGUACUGGUCUACUAUUUCCUUUUCGUCCAGGCUCGCUUCAUCAUCCGUGCGCCGGGAGCGCCCGCGAUCGCGCAGCAGCCACAACCUGACAGCAUCCCCAAACUUAUUUGGUACAAGUUAGGCCCCAACGGUCUUUCUGAAGAGACACAAGCGUGGACCGACAGCUGCGUCAAGAGCAACCCCGACUAUGAAGCACGCUUCUUAACGGAGGACAACGGCGAUGAUUACAUCCGCAAGACGUUUGCAGAAUCCCGCCCAGAUAUCGUCGACACCUACCUCGCAUUACCCAUACCCAUUUACAAAGCCGACUUUCUGCGCUACGUCCUGCUUUGGAACGAAGGCGGGGUCUGGUCCGAUCUGGACGUCUCGUGCGAAGAAGAUGUGCGAAUUGAUGAGUGGGUACCGGAGAUUUACAAGGACAAGGCUGCGCUCGUGGUAGGAUGGGAGUUUGAUCAGGGUUGGCCGGGCAAAUAUGAGCGGCAAUUCGAAAGCUGGACUAUAAUGGCCAAACCGCGCUCGCCACACAUGAUGCAGGUCAUCGAGGAUAUCCUCCAGACAUUGCAGGAGAAGACCUCAGAAUUUGCCGUCUCGAUCAAUAACAUCACAAUGGACAUGAUGGGCGACACGGUCGACUUCACCGGUCCGCGGCGUCUGACGCGCAGUGUGUAUACGAGUUUGGGAAGUGUGCUUAAUAGAACCGUCGACGCAUACGACAUGAAAGAGCUUGUACGACCAAGAUUGGUUGGGGAUGUUUUGGUGAUGCCGGGGAGGUCGUUUGCGGCGUCUGCAAACACGUAUCAGCCAGAGGAAGAGAAAUUGCUGCCGCCGCAACUGGUGACACAUCAUUAUGCGGGGACCUGGAAGAACGACGAUGGGGGGGAGAAGGCCAAGGAGACACCAUGA